AUGUUUGUGCCGAAGAAAAGCAUUGAUGUCGAGUGCCAUACCCAAUAUAUAGGACACAGGUUGCGCUCUUUAUAUCUUGGAGCGGAGCGCAAACAUUGCCAUCAAGAUUGGUGGGUGCUUGGGCCAAAUGAAAUCGUCUUUUACAUGGAAAAGCUCCAAAAGCUCCAUAUCCAAGGCGCCAAGAUCGGGCGCUUGCACCCAAAGACCUUCUCUGCAAGAAUGCCGUCUAAAAAAACAGCUCUCAAAGAACUCACCUUUCUGAAUUGUGAUAUCUCAUCCCAUACUGUCAGGCAAAUUCUAGCGUUCCCUGAAGCCUUGACCAACUUCACAAUAAAAGGUGCAUCGCUUACACCGACUAUAGCCGCAGAAUGCAGAUUGAGUAUCAGAAACUGCAUCCUAGAACUGGAGCGCAGCACCUCAACAGGUCUUGAGUACCUCGACUUGGACAUCUGGAAUGCAGAAACUUCCUCUGACUUUGACUGUUUGGAUAAAUUGAAACACCUCACCAUCUCCCCGCAAGCAAUACAGGGAUAUGCUAUGGAACGGGAUCUUAGAUUUACUGGUCGAUCUCUUCCUGUCAGCCUGGAGACCCUCAUGUUGAAAGACUUCAACAAGGAAGGAUUGCCAGUGGAGCUAUUGCUGACAAAGGUGCGGGAUGGGCUGCUUCCGAGCCUACGCACCAUCACGUACGGGACGUUCUAUGAUGAGGAGGAUAACGAAGAUGGCGAAAAUGACUGGAAAAAUGAAGUCAAAGCAUUCCACAAGUUGGGAGUUGAACUUUCUAUCGCUCGAUAUCAAGAUCCGUCCGCUAUGCCUGAAAAUGAAAAUUGGCCCUGCAAAUGUUGGAUCUAUCAACAUGCAGCUAGUGCGUGGUAA